GUCAAAGUUUGCGUAAAAAUAUUCAGUGCUAUAGUCGACGUCGAAUUCAGUAGUGAAAAAUAAAGUGUAAUUCCGAUCGUCUCGACAAUAUUAUACUUGUUCGGGACUGACCAUAACACACAAAAUCGAAUUGUGAAAAUGUGCAUUUCAUUCGAGAUGAAAUUCAAUGUGAACGAUUGCGUUGUGCUGCAGUGAAACAAAAAAAAAUUCCUUGACAAAAAAAGGAAUGUGCACCAGAGUCCGCAUAAUAAUCGUCUAUUGAUGUCGAAUGAAUGAAUUUAAUUAUGUCGAUUAAACAGUGCUAGGGUGACCAUGCCAUCGAGCAUUAGCAUCGUGUGUAUUAUGGUUAUUUGUUCAGCUAACAAGAAACAUAUGUGAGAAAAGUAAAGAAACAAACGAAACUUCUGACCAGCAUAAUAACGACACCCGAUCAUACAAAUGUGUUUUGAACGAAUGUGUAAAUAGAGAUUUAUAAAAAUUGAAACGGAAAAAAGUGAGAAACAAAAAUAAAAAAUUUCUGUUUUAAAAACGAAACGGAAAACAGUGAAACAUGGGUAGUGUAUGGAAACGUUUGCAGCGUGUUAACAAACGUGCAGCUAAAUUUCAGUUCACCGCUUCGUACCAUGAUUUGAGUGUUGAGACAACAGCGAAAUGGCGACCAACAAAUUUAUCGAUUGUAUGGACACGACGAUCGCGCCGUGUAGCAUCAACACCACAAGCAUGGGAACCAGAUAUGAUGAAUCCAUUAGUUGGACGAAUCUCGUGGCCUGUGCCAGACAAUCACACCAUAUCAGUAACUUUAUUCAAAGAUCCUCGAACAUUUGAGUUGGAAGACAAAGAUUGGACAUUUCUGAUAGAAGAUAUUUCGACAAUGGGAAAGAAACGAGUGAUCGCAUCAGCAAGCAUAAACAUGCGGAAAUAUGCUAGUGAAUUACCUACCCAACAAUCAUUUACGCUUAGCCUGAAACCAGUAACCCGAAAAAUUACGUCCGCAGACUUAGAACUUACCUUAAGUUGUGUAUUUUUAAGAGAAGGAAAAGCCACUGACGAGGACAUGCAAAGUGUUGUGUCACUGAUGUCAGUCAAUAAUAAUUCAGACAUUGCACCACUAGACGAUCUGGAAGAAUUUACAGAUUUAGAAAGCACCGGAGAUAUAUCGGAGCAUGUGUUAGACUUCACGGCUCAACUGGAACAACUUACGAACAGCUUGACUGGAUCAGAAUUAGCUACACCGAUGAGUGUUCCAUCACUGACCGAAGACCCAACGCCAAUCUGUGAAAACCCUUACUAUCCCGAACUGGACAACGAUCGGUUCGCACAAACAGUUUCGCCGAAAAGUGAAAUGAAGACCUCCGCCAUUCAAUCAGCCGUAACAACGAACGAACCGACGGCCACUCCAUUUGCUACCGUUCCCAUUCGAAGUCAAUUCCAACCAAUAAAAAUUGAAACGAAACCUACAGCCACAGAGGUCGUCAUUGAAAAGGUCGAGGAGAAACCCAUUUCAAUUGUCGACCAACGUGAGCAACAAAGUCUGAAAAAGGAACCUACACUGGAGACACAGAAAAAUUUCAAAAAUUUGGAGAAAUCACAGCUGCUACUGAACGACAAGAAAGAAAUUAAAGAAACGAAUGGUCGAGAUGCACCGGCUGCAGUACUGACAAAUGAAAAUCGCGAUAGGAUACGAAUGGAACUGCAGCCACUGAAUUUGAAGAAGAAUUACGACAAUCAACCGGAGAAUUUGAAUGCAAAUAAAGUUGUGGGGAAGACUGCCACGAAAGACCGGACACCAGGGCAAGAUUUACUGGAAUGGUGCAAGGAUGUGACACGGGACUAUCCCGGCGUCAAAGUAACUAAUUUAACGACAAGUUGGAGAAAUGGAAUGGCUUUCUGUGCUGUGAUACAUUCGUUUCGACCUGAUUUAAUUGACAUGGAUUCUCUUUCACCGCACGAUGUCGUUUCGAAUUGUCGAACGGCUUUCGAUGCGGCCGAAACGUUAGGAAUUCCUCGCGUAAUUGAACCUCGUGAUAUGAGCCUAUUAGCAGUUCCCGACAAACUUGCCGUCAUGACAUAUCUCUAUCAGUUGAGAGCUCACUUCACCGGCCAUCAACUGCAAAUCGAACAGAUCGGCAGCACGUCUGACGAGUCGUCAUACAUUAUCGGAAACUACAAAACGGAUAACCUGCCCUCGCAUAACGUAAUGAAACUGGACCAUCUGAAACUUCAACUGAAUCACCAAAUUUCUAUCGACGACGAUGACGGUGGCCAGAAAUCACCGACGGAAAAACGGGACGUCAAAAAUCUCAUACUUUCCGGUUCGAAGCAUUUGCUGGGCAAGGUUCUGUCACCGAGCAAAGAACGAAAUACCGUUGUACCUACACCAGUCGGCAAUGAUGCCGUUCCGAAGGAGAAACCAAUGCUGAUGACACGGCGUGAAUUGACCGACCCGUUCGGUUCCGAUGACGAUGAGGACGAUAAACCGAAUUUCUCGUCGGCGGUGCAAGACGAAUCGAAGAACAGUUCCAAUAGGGAUGUUGUGGAAUCGUCAACACCGACCAUUGAUCCAAUAACAGCCAAUAAAUUGCUUUCACGUCACAAAGAAAUGAGCGCAAAAGCCAAGGCUAUGAUGGAACGUCUUAAUAAUAAGAGCAAUGCAGCGCUUGAUAACGGCAAAGCAGAUUUAGAUGAAGAGCGUCAGGCUCGUCUCCGUGAACAUGCCCGACGCCUAAUCGCCGAAACCCGUGCCAAAUCACACAACAUCGAAUCGCCCACAUCUCCGAUCAAACUGAUCACUCACAGGAUAACAUUGUCUCCCGAACGUACAAUAUCGCCGAUUAACACGACCGAUGGAUUCUUCACCCGACCGACCAACAAAGACGGUUCGCCGGUGAAACAAUCGAAUUCGCCGCGAAUAACACCGCCACGGGAUAUGAUCAAAAAUGGCCUGAACGAAUCGGACAACAAUAAACGAACCAGUCCGAGCAAACGGAAUGAAAGGAACGGCAAUUCGCCGUUGCAAAGUUUCAAUUCGGUUUUAGACAGAAUCUCACCGCAACGGGAAAAGAAGUUGGAUCAAAUGUCCUACAUCGAAAGUGAAUUGGAAGCGCUCGAGCGUGAACAAGAAUCCAUUGAUUUGAAGGCCAGCGCACUGGAGAAGAAACUGCGCAGUGUUAUGGGAGGCAUAAUCGAUAAUCCAGAUGAGACAGAAGAGCAACUACUGUCGCAAUGGUUCACUCUAGUCAACAAGAAAAAUGCAUUGCUGCGGCGACAGAUGCAGUUAAAUAUAUUGGAACAAGAAAACGAUCUUGAACGCAAAUACGCUCUUCUUAAUCGCGAAUUAAGAGCAGCUCUAUCCGUUGAAGAUUGGCGUAAGUCGGAAGCACAAAGAGAACGUGAAACGUUACUGCUGGCUGAACUAGUGGCUAUCGUUGACAAGCGUAAUGAAUUGGUACAACAUUUGCACAGUCAGGAACAAGCUAUUGAAGAUGACGACGAAAUUGAACGUGAAUUGGAGCACGUCGACAUAACAGCCAAGGAUAAAUGUGUGAUUCAGUAGAAACGAAGCUGUUCGGUCCGUCUAUAUCCACAGUAAGGACGAUCAACAAUUAGUUUUUCUGCACCAUAGCCGACGAGACUAUGAACCAAUAAAUGAAAUUGUCUCGUCGGGAUUAAGAGCAAGAAAAACUCCAAAACAGAAGGAUGAACCGAAAAUCAAUUCCACAACCAAAAAAAAUGAAAAUCCAGAAAAGGAAACAAAACAAAAAAAAUUAUUUAUCGCGUCCGUAGAGUAAGACUAAGAAACAAAACCCAACUGACUAAAGAAGUUACAAAAAAAAUGUUUGUCCAUCAACACUCUAUAAUGUCCUCGUUGUGUUACAUCGACACACUUGUUUGCAAUCAAUUCUAAAUUAAUUAAUUUUGAUGUUGAAUUUCA